AUGGCAGGACCUGGGAGUUGGAGGGACAAGGAGGUGACAGAUCUGGGCCACUUGCCGGAUCCAACUGGGAUAUUCUCACUAGAGAAAACCAUUGGUCUUGGUACUUAUGGAAGAAUCUACUUGGGAAUCCAUGAGAAGACUGGUUCUUUCGUGGCUGUUAAAGUAAUGAAUGCCCGGAAGACUCCUAUGCCUGAAAUAGGAAGACGGGUGAGAGUGAACAAAUACCAAAAGUCUGUUGGAUGGAGAUACAGCGAUGAAGAAGAGGAUCUUAGGACUGAGCUCAAUCUGCUGAGGAAGUACUCUUUCCACAAAAACAUCGUGACCUUCUACGGAGCAUUUUUCAAGCUGAAUCCUCCCGGCCAUCAGCACCAACUUUGGAUGGUGAUGGAGCUAUGUGCAGCAGGCUCAGUCACUGAUGUAGUGAGAAUGACAAGAAAUCAGAGUUUAAAAGAAGGCUGGAUCGCUUAUAUCUGCCGAGAAAUCCUUCAGGGCUUAGCUCACCUUCAUGCUCACCAAGUAAUUCACCGGGACAUCAAAGGGCAAAAUGUGCUGCUGACUCAUGAUGCUGAAGUCAAAAUCGUGGAUUUUGGAGUGAGUGCCCAAGUGAGCAGAAGAAAUGGACGGAGGAACAGCUUCAUUGGUACCCCGUACUGGAUGGCCCCAGAGGUGAUUCAUUGUGAUGAGGACCCAAGGCGUUCCUAUGAUUACAGAAGUGAUGUGUGGUCUGUGGGAAUCACUGCUAUUGAAAUGGCUGAUGGGGCUCCUCCCCUGUAUAAACUUCAGCCUCUGGAAGCCCUUUGUGUUAUUCUACGGGAAGCCUCUCCCACAGUCAAAUCCAGUGGAUGGUCCCUUAAGUUCCAGAAUUUCAUAGAAAAUUGCAUGAUAAAAAAUUUCCUAUUUCGUCCAACAUCUGGAAACAUGCUUCUUCACCCAUUUGUCAAUGACAUCAAACAUGAACGACGUAUUGUGGAGUCCUUGACAAAGCAUCUUACUGGGAUCAUUCAAAAAAGAGAGAGAAAAGGAAUGCCUCUGGAUGUCGAAGGAGAACGAGCUGUUAAUGAACAGUACAUCACACAGAGAUUCAGAGGACCUUCUUGCACUCCUGAACUUUUGAGAGGGCCAACCAGCAGCAGAGGCAGACCACUCAGAGUCGUGCGUGGAGAAGUCCCUCAGCCAAGGUGGUUACCUGAUGAAGAAGGGCCACAGGAACAAGAAGUUCAACAACUGCAGGAGGCAGCCAGAGUGUUCAUGCCUCUACAGUCUCAGGACAAUACAUCUAAGCCUUUACAAAAGCAGGCUGUGGAACCACAGUAUCUACAUGGGGCAGUUCAGGUGGUCAUGCCAGUACAGGUAGAGGCCCAGGCACCUCCCCAAGUAAGCAAAGCAGCCCAGGUGCUCAUGCCACUGCCUACUCAGGAUAACAAACCUAGUUCUCCAGAGGCACAGGCCCCCGUACCCAAAGAACAGCAGGCCCAGCAUGAUGCCUCAGAAACAGAACAGCCUGAAGAUUUGGACCAGGUGCCAGAAGAAUUUCAUGGGCAAGACAGGGCACCUGAACAGCAAAGGCAGGGCCAGGCUCCUGAACAACAGCCGAGGGAGAAUCCAGUUCCAGAGCAGCAGCCAGAGCAGAAUGGGGAACCUGAGCAAGCUGAGGUGCAAGAAGAGGCUGUUGAGCCUCCACAGGCUGAGAUUGAGGAUAAGGAACCUGAGGUAAUACAAGUGCAUGCCCAGGUGUUCCUGCCCUUACUGUCCCAGAACCAUCACGUGCUCUUGCCUCUUCAUUUGGAUACACAGCUGCUAAUUCCAGUGGGGGAACAAAAUGAAGAGAUGCCUCAGGCACAGGCCUGGGAUCUAGAGGCCUCAAGGGCAGUUGGUGCAGUGCAAGCACUGAUAGAGGGACUGUCCAGGGACUUACUUCAAGCACCAAAUGCGUACAUCUCAAAACCACUUGGUCCACUGCAAAUCUUCUUGGAAAAUUUGUCUACAGACAGGUUUUACUCUGAACCGGAGCCCAUAGAGAAGAAAAGGUCAAAAGUUUCUAGUCUGAAGCGAGCAAUAGCAAAAAGGCUAAGGCCCAAGAGGUUCAGGGCAAAGGCAUUAUGGAGGCUUGAAGAUUUUGAAUUCUCAGAUGUAGAAACCAGCAGGAGACGGCGCCAUCGUAGAUGGGAGGACAUCUUUAAUCAGCAUGAAGAGCAACUGAGACAAGUUGAAAAUGACAGAGAAGAUGACUCAUCAGACAAUGAUGAAGUGUUUCAUUCAAUUCAGGCUGAAGUCCAAAUAGAACCACACGCUCGAAAUCCUACAGGAAAUGAGGUCCGAGAGAGAUCUGCUCCUAUGCCUUGCAACGGGAAUCGUACACAUCGGGUGAAGUUUUCUCCAAGUGUUGGUGAGGAGCCUUCUUUGGAAGAGCUUCAGCAGCCCAUGGACAUCAGACCAAGGAAUUGCCUAAAUCCUCAGAAUUUUCAAGCGGACUCAGAAUCAUCUUCUGAGGAGGACAGUCCUGUGACUAGGAGGAAGUCCCAGUCAUCACCCCCUUAUUCUACUAUUGAUCAGAAGUUACUGAUUGAUAUCCAUGUUCCAGAUGGAUUUAAAGUGGGAAAAAUAUCACCCCCUGUGUACUUGACAAAUGACUGGGUAGGCUUUAAUUCACGCUCUGAACUCUUCUGGGAUGAUUGGAUAUUGCCUUCACGUUCUGCUCGGCAACCUGAAGAAGAUGGUGAUUAUGUUGAACUCUAUGAUGCUGACGCUAAUGCUGAUGGUGAUGCUUAUGAAUAUCCCCUUGACGCUGCCAAUGGCCAUGAUGACAUGAAUAGCCAGAUUGAUCAGGCAAAUGGCUAUGAAGGCCAUGGCGCUGGUCACUACAAUGAUGGAAACAUAGAUGGUAAUCGUGGUGCUGCUUUCAAUGGGCCAAGAGGAAAUCAUCGCAGAGGGGGAAUCUUGAAGAACGGUAAUAAUGAUGGACGUGAUGUAAACAGGGGAGCCUUCAGAGCCUAUGGAGAUGAUGAAGCUGGAGCUGUUGGUGGGAUCCAGGAGGGACAUGAAGCCGAUAGGGGCAUUCGGGGUCAACAUGUAUUCCCACAAUUUGAACGUGAACAAGAGGAAUCAGAUUGUGGAACUGAGACCUCAGAUUCAAUUGCCUUGGAGAUCACAUCCUUUGAUGGUGAGCACAACAGCGAUAUACCUGUAUCAUCAACAUUGGGGUUUCCUAUCAGGCACUUACCUUCCAGAGGUUCUGAUAUUGGGAGUGACAUCUCAUACAACACACCACUGAUUCAUGAGUAUGAAAAGGAUUUCUCAUCUGAGGUCUACUGUGGUUCUUUGUGGGGAGUCAAUUUGUUGCUGGGCACCGCAUCUCAUCUGUAUCUGAUGGACCGAAGUGGAAAGGCAGACAUCGUUAAACUUAUAAAGCGAAGACCAUUCCGCCAGAUUCAAGUCGCGGAGCAGCUCAAUUUGCUGAUUACCAUCUCUGGCAAAAAGAACAGACUCCGCAUGUACCAUCUGUCUUGGCUGAGGAACAAGAUUUUGAAUAAUGAUCCGGGAAGUAAGAAAAGGCAGAAGGCGAUGAAGAAGAAAGAGAAAGCUUGCAAAUCCAUUGAUAAGUUGAUUGGCUGUGAACACUUCAGUGUCCUUAAACAUGAAGAAACAACAUACGUUGCAGUUGCUGUGAAGUCAUCAAUUCACCUGUUUGCAUGGGCACCAAAAUCCUUUGAUGUAAAAACUGCCAUCAAAGUGUUUCAGACUCGUGAUCUUAAGCCAGUGACAGUUGACCUGGCUAUUGGUUCUGAGAAAACACUGAAGAUUUUCUUCAGCUCAGCUAAUGGAUAUCAUAUCAUCGAUGCAGAAUCUGAAGUUAUGUCUGAUGUGACCUUGCCAAAUAAUAAUGUCAUCAUUUUACCUGAUUGCAUGGGAAUUGGCGUGAUGCUCUCCUUCAAUGCUGAAACUGCCUCCGAGGAAGCAAAUGAGCAACUGCUCAAGAAGAUCCUUGACGCGUGGAAAGACGUACCGUCUUCUGUGGCUUUUGAGUGUACAAAGAGAAUCACUGGAUGGGACCAAAGGGCUGUUGAAGCGCGCUCUCUGCAGUCGACUAUUCUUGAGAAUGAGCUGAAGCGCCGCUCAGUCAAGAAACUGAGAUUUCUGUGUGCCCGUGGUGACAAGAUGUUCUUUGCUUCUACACUGAGCGAUCACCAAAGCCGGGUUUACGUUAUGAGCCUUGGAAAACUUGAAGAGCACCACAGAAGCUAUGCUGUUUAA